UGAACUACAGAGGGGAGUUUAAAUUUGUUUUUGAUAAAAUUGGGAGAGGAAAAUAACUCUUGUUUGCUCCCCAACAAAUACAUAGGUUAAAAAAAAUACAAUAUCUCAGGCCUUUGUUUUGUCCCUUUUAUCUUUUUCCCUUUUUUUUUUUCCCCACUCUAAUUUUCCUCUCCAAAGAGGACAUAACAAAGAGAUCCGGAUCCCAACUGCAACCUCAACAUCUCUAUCUCUACUCCACUCAGUCAUUGCAACUUUGUAGAAAAUGUCAAGAAGGCCAAAUACCUCUCGCCGUCUUGCAGAUGCUGGGAGCAUUCCGUUUAUUGGCGCCUUUCACCCGAAAUCACGUCCAUCUCCUUUAUUGUCUAUAGGACUUGUGGUUGUGGGUGCAUUGCUGAUUAUUGGUUAUUUAUAUCAUGGUUCAGGUGGAGCUGCUGAUGCUUUCAGUAGAUUUGAAGGUGGUGUUUCAUGCACUUCAGAACUUCAAAGAGCGUUACCUAUGUUGCAGAAAGCCUAUGGUGACAGCAUGCGGAAAGUAUUGCAUGUAGGCCCUGACGCUUGUUCAGUGGUGUCUACACUGUUAAAAGAGGAGGGUACUGAAGCAUGGGGUGUUGAACCCUACGAGUUAGAUGAAACUGACGGAACUUGCAAGAGCCUUGUUUACAAAGGAAUAGUGCGAGUAGCUGAUAUCAAGUUUCCUCUUCCCUAUCGUUCAAAUUCAUUCUCUCUUGUCAUAGUGACAGAUGCAGUUGAUUACUUGUCUCCAAAAUAUCUCAACAAGACUCUUCCAGAAUUGGCCAGGGUGGCUGCUGAUGGUUUAGUUGUUUUAUCUGGUUAUCCAGGUCAGCAAAGGGCUAAAGUGGCAGAACUUUCGAAAUUUGGCCGCCCAGCCAAACUGCGGAGCUCAUCCUGGUGGGUUAGAUUUUUUGUUCAAUCCAGUUUAGAAGAGAAUGAAGUUGCAAUCAAGAAGUUUGAACAAGCGGCAAGCAAGAGGUCUUAUCAGCCGGCUUGCCAAAUUUUCCACCUCAAACCACUUCAUUGAGAAAUCCUUCGCUUAUUUCAGAAUAGGUAUAAAAGCAUCUGCAGCUGUGUUAAAUUAUCGUUUGCCAAUUGCCACCACUAUCCGGCGUUCCAGUUGUGAAAUAUCAACCUGCGGGGUUGAAUUGGCAAUCUUGUUGGAGGAAUUUGGUUCUGUAAGAUAGUCUCCAUGAAAUAUAUAUAUAUAUAUAUAUAUAUAUAUCCUACGAUAGGAACUUUCAGUCAAGUAGUAUUGCUUCUUGUGGCUGCAGCACCCAACUUAUCAUCUUCAUACGAGACCUAUUGUUUGAUAAUUGAGUAUAUUCUGUAACCCGAAAGGCCGAAACACAAAGUAAUUUAUGAUUCAUUUAUAUAUAUAUAUUUUCUCACCA